AUAAAUUCACAUUGCUACCAUUCAUCCUCUCCACCCCCUUCCAAUUAAUAUACCUCCCUCUCUCUCACCCCAACUUAAUUUAUGGAGUCCAAAGAAGCUACCAUCUCUUCUCCUUCUCCUUCUCCUUCUCGUUCCCUCUCCCCAGACCCAACCAGCAGAAGAUGGUGGUCGGAGGACACGGUUGCGAUAGUGACGGGAGCAAACAAGGGAAUAGGGUUUGCAGUUGCGAAGAGGAUGGCGGAGUUGGGAGUGAGAGUGAUAUUAACGGCCAGAGACAAGGAAAGGGGUGGCAAGGCUGUUGAGGCACUCAGAGCUCAAGGUCUUCACAGUGUAGUCUUCUCUUGCCUUGAUGUCUCCGAUCCUGCUUCUAUCAAAUCUUUCACCUUAUGGUUCCAAAAAACCUAUGCAGUAUUGGAUAUUCUUGUGAACAAUGCAGCUGUGUCGUUUAACGAUAUCAAUGAAAAUUCUGUGGAACAUGCUGAGGCAGUGAUGAAAACCAACUUCUAUGGACCUAAGUUACUGACGGAGGCCCUCUUGCCCAUGUUCCGUCGUAGCACCUCCUCUGUUGGUCGGAUACUUAACGUUAGCUCCAGACUCGGCUCACUAAAUAAACUGAGAAACCCUAGCACAAAACAACUUCUAGAAAGUGAAAGCCUAUCGGAAAAGGAUAUCGAGGGGGUGGUUAGUUUGUUUCUUGAAGAUGUCAAGAGCGGGAGAUGGAAGAGCCAAGGGUGGCCUGAAGUAUGGACUGACUAUUCUGUAUCAAAGCUUGCACUCAAUGCAUACACAAGAGUUUUGGCCAAGCGAUAUGAGGGGAGGGGUUUGAGCGUGAAUAGCUUCUGUCCCGGCUUCACGCAGACAUCUAUGACUCGCUGUAAGGGCGACCACACAGCCGAUGAUGCCGCUAGUGUUGGGGCAAGGCUGGCACUGCUUCCUCCUAAGGAGAUUCCAACAGGGAAAUUUUUUUGGUGGGUUAGUACUAGUAGUAGUAAUGUCAUACUUUCUAAAUUAUAGCUGCUCGAGUCGAGUGAUUAUUACAUUAAUUUCGAGUCAACUGUAUUAAUCCGUUAUGUGUGAGACUCCAUGCUUAAAUUUGUGUUAGAAUUAUAUAUUAUGUGUGACAUUAUUUAUUGAGGCA